UUGACGCAGUGAAUUAAGAGAGAGAAAAAUCGAGCUAGCGCGAGUGUUGCAGGGGAGAGAGAGGACGCGGGGAAGGGAGAGGAAAGGGUCUUCCUUCGAGAGAGGAAGGGAGUUUUUGUAGAGAGAGAGAGAGAGAGAGAGAGAGAGAGAGAGAGAGAAGAUGAUCGAGGUGGUGUUGAACGAUCGUUUGGGAAAGAAGGUUAGGGUGAAGUGCAACGAAGAUGACACAAUUGGGGACCUCAAGAAGCUCGUAGCUGCUCAAACUGGUACAAGAGCUGACAAAAUUCGCAUUCAGAAAUGGUACAACAUUUACAAGGACCACAUAACCCUCAAGGACUACGAGAUUCACGAUGGAAUGGGCCUUGAACUCUACUACAACUGAUUUGGUCUGUGUAAUGGAAAGGGACAUCGGAUGAUGGAAGUCCAACCACCAGUGGAAGAUGACUUGUGCAUUUCCAAGAUUCUACAAUAAUAGGGCAGGUAUAUAUGGUGUCUUGGACUGUAAUUUCGUUUUCUCUGCUGGAUGUUGAAUGAUGGCAAAUUGUCAGUAAGUAUCUGAACUUGGGAACUUCCUAACAUACUUAAGUUGAAGGAUUGUGUAAGGAUACUAGCACAUAUCUGGCUCUAGAGAGAUGGAUAACAUUGAUGAAACUGUAAUAACGCUGAGAUUUGGGUGUAGAAUCACGAGAGGAGCGACACUGUUUUUAAUCCAAUCACAGGAAGUACUCUAACCAUGCCA